AUGGCGGCGCGGCUGUUUGAAGACUGUGAACACGUUGCCCUGUACCUGAAAUACCGGCUUCCCUCGCCCUUCCAAAUCCGCAAUCUCAUCCUCGACUACUUGCAGAGAAAGGGCAAACCCUUCACCCUGGCAGUGGAUAUUGGAUGCGGCUCAGGUCAGAGCACCAGGGGAUUGGCUUCUUACUUUGAAAAGGUGGUUGGGAUUGAUGUGAGUGAAGCUCAGAUUGAAGAGGCGAAGAAGGUGGAUGGACCCGAUAACGUCUCUUACAGACAGGGCCUGGCGGAGGAGCUGGGAUUCGAGGAUGGUUCUGUCGACCUGGUAACAGCAGCAGAGGCCGCACAUUGGUUUGACUUGGAGAAGUUCAUGAAGGAAGUUGACAGGGUUUUAAAGCCCAAAGGCUGCCUGGCUGUCUAUUGCUACCGAGUUCCCUUUGAAGUACAUUACAAUGACUGCUCUGAGCGAUUGACCCAGAUUAUCCAACAGACACUGAAGUCCCUGGCUCCCUAUGCGAGUGAAAGAAAUCAGAUUGUUCGGAAUGAAUACAAGGAAAUAUUUGAUGUAAUCACGUUCCCUGAUAAAGAGAGGGUCGAUAGCAUUUCAUUCAAGCAAUUAGUGCCAGUCUUGUGGAUCAAAGGCUUCUUCGAAUCCUUGUCUUUCUACCAAACAUUUCUGAAGAAGGACCCGGAAGCUGCUAAAGCCACCCUCGAAAUGAUGGAGAAAGAUUUUAUGCAGGCGAUGGGAGUUUCUUCCAGGGAGACUGUGUUGGAAGUGAACUGGACUGCUUUCUGUUUACUGGCAUGCAAACCCGAGUAA